CAUUGAUUCAACGACGAGUUCAUUUCACAGUUGUUACAGGCAAGAGUGAAAGGGAACUAUCGUUAGAUGUCAUUGGCGAUAUUUUCUGGGGUCAAACCGUGUCUGACUAAAUUGAACUAACUCAAGUGGAUAUUAAGUUUCGUUUGCAGUCAUCGAAAGUAAAGAAUAGUCUGUUUGUGAGUGAAAAGUGACUAAAGGCCUCUGCCGGGCCACUUCUCUUUUUCUCUGUCCGUGCUGGAUCUUUCUCAGUCUAAUAUCAAAGUCAUAAAAUGACCCCAGACAUUUCAGGAACUACGAAUCAAAAAUAACAGGCAAAAAAUAAGACCAACCUCUGAAACUGGGCCUUUCAUUUUCACAAAAACUGAAUUUUGUCGGAGGGGGUCAAGAGUUAACUUUCAAGAUGCUAGCCGGCCUCCCGGAAGGUGUGUUCCAGAACCAUAUGGUACACCACCCUCUCCUCCAGUACCAAAUGCUUUUCCCGAGCCUCCUGAUGUCGAUCGCCAAACCGCCGACCGGCGACGAUGAUAGCAUGAAGGACCACGAGGAGAAGGUUAACCCUAUGGACCACCUGCGAUUCUCUGCUCUUGCCAAUCAGCUGGCUAUUACUCAGAUUAACCAGGUGCUGAUGGAUCUCGUCAAGGAUACUCCAGGAGACGACCUCAAGAAGCUGAAAGAGAGUCAGGGUGCUUUCAUGCAACUGGUCAGAGAUGGGUUUGCUCAGAUCAGCCAGGAAUUGGUCAAGAGCACAUCCAUAUUUGCAAACAACACAAAACUCCUGAGCGGACAAGAGAAAAAGCUCGUGACACUGCAUGAGGUAGCAGACAAAGGGUUCAUUGAAACCCUGUCAAUGACUGUCGACCUGCAAAAUUUCGUCAAGGAACUCUCUAACGCCACGACUUCAGAUGCUAAAGAACUUCACGGGAUGUUGGCAUCGAUCGGAGACACCCUCGCAAAGGUCCACUACGUCGUAGGCAACAUAACAAAUGAUUCGUUGUGUUGUUCUAAAAGUGAUACACCACUAGUCUUAGAAAACGGAGUCUUCCCACCGACAGAAGCUCCCCCAUUCACGCAGGACAUUCUCACCGAUAUUCAGGGAGAGCUGCGGAACUUGUCAAAGGUUCUGACCGAGUUCAUUGGCGUCACUAAAAGCAGAGAGGUGGACAGAGACAUGGUGAAGGUCCUCAUUGAAAAAUGCUCUAACGCUUCCAUCGGGGAAACAGAGGUCGAUCUCAGCAGCGUCACCAAGGCCAUUGAGGAAGCAUUUGCCAGAAAUACUGGGCUGAUUCAGCCGCAAGUGAAAAACAUCAGUGAAGACCUUGCACAGGCUAAUUUCGGUCUGGUAAAGACACAAACAGACCUGAAAGAGAUUCGAGACCUUCUGACGACUGACUACGGUAAAAAUGAUGUUGGUCUCCAGAAUCUGACAACACUGACAUUGUUGCAUUUUGCUGAUCUCGCUGCUAAGAUUGAUAGCCUGUAUAACGUCUCGAUUCCUACGGGAAGGUCCAAAGAUGCAACCAAUUGCCCUGACCAAUACUUCGCCGUGGAUGAGGAAUGCUUCCAUGUUGCAACAACUCAGCAAGUCACCUUCGAAACAGCUCAAGCGACUUGUGAUCGCUACAACAGUUACCUUGCCGAGCCAAAGUCAUUGCUGACAUUUCUCUCAGUCAUGGAAACACUUCAAUAUAACAAGUCGGUGGAUUUGUGGAUGGGCGGAAAGGAAUCGCGUAAAGAAUUUUCCGUUGGCCACGAGGCUUCUAUUAUCAAGGUCGUUUGGGAAUGGAUCCGCAAAGGAGAUGAGAUAGAUCACGGCUGGAAUUACCAGAGCCCCAUAGAAAAUGGCAAAUGCCUCAUGCUCAAGGAGAACGGCUUACAGGAUGGCGACUGUGAGGACCUCAAAGGUUUUGUGUGUCAGUCCUCACCACUGACUUAAGUCUCCUCAAGACAAAGGGCAAGGCAGCAGCAGCAGCAGCAGCAGCAGCAGCAGCAGCAGCAGCAGCAGCAGCAGCAGCAGCAGCAGCAGCCUCAUUAUCCAAGUAAAUCAGGUUAUUCUGGAAGUUUAACUAGAGUUUGUACCUCUCUUUAUUGCACAUGGAAAAAAGGAAAGUUUUGGAACCAUCCAUUGAUGAAUAAAUUAAUUUUCAACAAUGUGAAGACGAUAUAAGAAUUUGAUUUUCCUGCUUAGCUGGACACAUUCGUCUCCACAAUGAAAAUGGCCAUGACCAUGGUCAAGAAGUGCUGCUUCAAUUUUAUCUGCUCAUAGUACAGAUGUAGAACACAUAUGCUAUUUUCAUUUAAAGAACAGAUGCUGUAGAAGCAGGAUUCUUAAAAGGUACUUCGGUCACAGCCCCAUCGCUCUCUCUCUUUCUCUCUGUAUCGACCAGUCAGUAACUAAUUAUCUUUUGAAUCAUCAAUACGAAGCGCUUCCAUCGUCCCUGCAAGACUUCGAAGAUUCAUGCAACGUCGCUCUUGAUAUCUCUAAGGGCAUUUCAGAUCUGUUAUUAAAAGGUUCUGCUAGCGGACCUUCCUGCAUAAGGCUUCAGGCCUUCCAUGUGUGACCUGACUUCCAAAGUUUUAUUAUACAAUUACUUAAUCUGCUCUCUUCUUUAUUUGCAAUGGUGGCCUUCAGGGCCAUCUUCCUUCACUCACUCUGUUCCUGCAAUAAAAACCUUACUUGUCCA